AUGUCGACCGACAAGAACGAUAUCCCCCUCGAAGAUGCCAAAACCGACAUUCGCAAGUCCAUAGACGACGCCAGCGUGCGUGCUGUCGAGGACAUCGUGCUGGACCCGAAGAAAGAGGCCAAACUGCUUGUCAAGCUGGAUGCGGCCUUUGUUCCGAUCAUCAUGUUGACCUACCUGACCUGUUUCUUGGAUCGGACAAACAUUGGAAAUGUCAAGGUGGCCGGCAUGCCCGAGGACAUCGGCGCCUCAGAGACGCAAUUCUCGACCGCCGUGUCGAUCUUCUACGUGACCUACGUGCUGCUGGAGUCGCCCUGGGCGGUGCUGAUGAAGAAGCUCACCCCGCGAAACAUCCUCACAGGCCUCUGCAUCGUCUGGUCGGUGGCCACCAUCUUCACCGGGUUCAUCGAGAACGUGGCGGCCCUGUAUGCCGUGCGAUUGAUUUUAGGGGCCUGCGAGGCCGGCCUCUUCCCCUGUCUCAACCUGUACCUGACCAUGGUGUAUCGGCGUGAGGAGCAGGCGAAGCGGGUGUCGUAUCUGAUGAGCUGCGCCGCGAUUUCCGGAGCGGUCGGGGGGCUGCUGGCGUACGGGUUGCUGCAUAUGGACGGAAUCGGGGGGAAGGCUGGAUGGAGAUGGGUCUACAUCAUCGAAGGCCUCCUCAGCGUCCUCUGCGCCAUUCUCAUCUGGUUCGGCCUCCCCAACGACCCAGCCAACGCCUACUUCCUCAACGACGAGGAGAAGUGGAUGAUGCGCGUGCGCAACGAGCAGCGCCGCAAGUACAUGGGCAGCGAGGAGUUCAGCUGGGAGGAGCUGCGGCUGGCGAUCCGCGAUCCCAAGCUGAUGUUCAGCGCGGCUGUGCAGUUCUGCCAGGACAUUCUGCUGUACGGGUUCAGCACGUUCCUGCCGACCAUCCUGAAGAGUCUGGGGUACAACUCGCUGAUGAGCAAUGUGUUGACCGUGCCGGUGUACAUCUGGGCCGCGGCCGUGUUUAUUGUCUUUGCGUUUUUGGCGGAUCGGUACUCCAAGUUUGCUGCGUACAUCAUCGGCACCAACGUCUUCGGAAUCAUAGGCUACAUCCUCCUCCUCGCGGUCCCCGACGACAGAGUCAAAUACUUCGGCACCUACCUCUGCGGCGUGGCGACCUACACCGGCGUCGGGCUGAACAUCGCCUGGCUGAACGUGAACGUGGCGCCGCACUACCGGCGCGCGAUGGAGAUCGGCCUGCAGCAGACGAUCGGCAACUGCGCCGGUAUCGUCGCCGGGCAGAUCUACCGCCAGUCGCCGUACGUCCUGGGGAACGCGUUCUCCAUGGGCGCGCUGGUCGUGGCGCAGGGCGUGGUCGCCGUGCAUGCGUGGUACUUGCGCCGCGAGAACGCGGAGAAGGAGAGGAUCGCCGAGGGCAAGGAGGAUACGCGACGAGUGCGGACGGGUGACGCCGAGAUUGAUUUCAAGUAUCACUUUUAG